CCGUCAGUCAAACAAUACUAGUCCUCGCAAACAAAAGCCAAUUUUAGUGUAUAAAACAAUAACAUUUGUGAAACAAAAGAAGGUGUUAAAGUGACCGGAAAUGCAUAUUUCUUAUAUGAAAAUAGCAAUUUAUGCUCUAACAUUUUUGACCUACGCUUAUUCCGGUUAUGGCUCCAGCACAAUAGCACAUCUACGUGAUGCCAUCAUAGCGGCAGAGGCCAUAUUUGGAGAUGUUUUUAAGAACCUUAUAACAGUACUCAGAAAAUUCCACACAGUACAAGAGGUUUUCGAUGCUGCGGUAGAAGAACAAUGUAUAUUUAAGUGCCCAACGUUGGAAGGUGGACCAGAAAUUCGUCCUGUUCAAAAUAAACUUUAUACUCCAACUGCUGAUGGUUGUGGUUCUUUAGGUUUACGCAUCAGUACAGAAUAUUUGCCAGCUGUUGAAAUGGAAACAUGCUGUAAUGACCACGAUAUUUGCUACGACACAUGCAACAGUGACAAGGAACUUUGUGAUCUUGACUUUAAGCGUUGUCUUUACAAAUACUGCGACAGUUAUGAGAAAUCCAUUGCCAGUGAUCUGAUGAUGAAAGGUUGUAAGGCAGCUGCUAAAAUGCUUUUUACUGGCACACUAACUUUAGGUUGUAAAUCCUAUUUGGACUCGCAGCAAAGGACAUGUUACUGUCCACCACCGAAACCACAACGAGAAGAUAAAAAUAAUUACUAUAAAAAUAAUAACGAAGGCGACAAAUAUUACAAAGGGAAGAAACAAAAGUACGGCUGGAAGGCUUCGAAUGAAAUGUAGUCAAACUUCUUGAAUGAAGUACAUAUAAUUAAUAUAGUAUUUUAUAUAGUAAACUUGUGUACGAAGUGAAAUUAUUGUAUUUUAAGUUGAUUCAUUUAUUUAUUGUUUGCAAAUAAAAUUUAUUAUAGCACGUA